AUGGUGGGCGUGCUUAUGGCUUGGCGGGUGGAGCGCAAGCGGGUGAAGGAGUUGCAGGCUUUGCUGGAUCGGAUGGAGCGGCUUCGCAAGGAAGAGCGGACCGGGCGCGCUGCCGGCAUUGCCAUUGCCGGUCAUGAUCUCGUGGAUGGCACCCCCGUCCUGGACAUUAAACCUUAUUUACCCCACGUCGAGGCCGUCCAGGACGCUACCCUCCCCGCCUGGGUCGAUGAAGAAAACACUCUCCUUGCCAUGAGCGUCGACUGGUUGCCUGCCGCCCUCGACCAGCUCGCUCAAUCCUGCACCCACCUCCCCUCCAAAAUCCCAUGGCGACAUCCCGCCACCCCGGCCCAGGCCUCCGCCACCCUGCUUCGGCGCCAAAUCGAUCAAAUUUUGCGCUUUGACAUUCGCAACCUCAACCAGCGACAACGUGCAGCCCCUGAAACCACCUAUCAUCUGCGCUACGCCGGCCUCAACCUUGCCUACCACAUUCAAGACCGCCGCAUCACCAUCCAUGCCUGCUCCCUCUCCUCAACAUCCGAUUGA